AAAGCCAAAACGACAGCGUCUCGAGAUUUUCUUGCCAAAAACAUCAUCUGCAUCUGGAAGCUUCUACCCAGUAUCCCAGAGACCUUCUCACGGGAAAAUCCCGACACUUCCCAAAACCCCACUAAACCCUACCAGAUCAAAGCUCAUCUUUACCUUCUUUGUCGUUCGCCCAUGGCUACCUCCGUGCUUCUUCGCUCCAUCCGGCGUCGCGACCUUCAUUCGGCCUCUUUCUCCGCAUGCAAAUUCCUAACUGGUCAUUCCAAAUCAUCAUGGACUGCCUUUCCUUUGGCUCACAAAUGGGCAACUUUGGCAAGGCCAUUCAGUUCGAAACCUCCUGGGAAUGAUGUUAUUGGCAUUGAUUUGGGUACUACCAACUCAUGUGUUGCAGUUAUGGAGGGAAAGAAUCCCAAAGUAAUUGAGAAUUCUGAAGGGUCUCGGACCACACCAUCAGUGGUUGCCUUUUCUCCCAAAGGAGAACUACUUGUGGGUACUCCAGCAAAACGUCAGGCUGUGACCAACCCAACAAAUACCGUUUUUGGGACAAAGCGUUUGAUUGGUAGACGCUUUGAUGAUCCCCUGACACAAAAGGAAAUGAAGAUGGUUCCAUAUAAAAUAGUCAGGGCCCCAAAUGGUGAUGCAUGGGUAGAAGCAAAUGGACAACAAUAUUCCCCUAGCCAAAUUGGGGCUUUCAUUUUAACCAAGAUGAAGGAAACUGCUGAGUCCUACCUUGGAAAGAUGAUUACCAAAGCCGUGAUCACUGUUCCAGCUUAUUUUAAUGAUGCUCAACGACAAGCAACGAAGGAUGCUGGACGAAUUGCUGGCCUAGAUGUACAGAGAAUUAUUAAUGAGCCCACAGCUGCAGCACUUUCCUAUGGCUUAAACAAUAAAGAGGGUCUUAUAGCCGUUUUUGAUCUUGGUGGUGGCACAUUUGAUGUUUCUAUCUUAGAGAUAUCUAAUGGUGUUUUUGAGGUGAAAGCAACAAAUGGUGAUACAUUCUUGGGAGGGGAGGAUUUUGACAAUACUCUUCUGGAGUUCUUAGUUAGCGAAUUUAAGAAAACAGAUGGGAUUGAUCUCUCAAAGGAUAGGCUUGCCCUACAGAGACUCCGCGAAGCAGCUGAGAAAGCGAAGAUAGAACUCUCAUCAACAUCCCAGACUGAAAUCAACCUGCCAUUUAUCACGGCUGAUGCAUCAGGUGCAAAACAUUUGAAUAUCACAUUGACCAGAUCAAAAUUUGAGAGUUUGGUGAACCAUUUGAUUGAGAGGACUAGGUCACCAUGUAAGAACUGUUUGAAAGAUGCUGGCGUAUCUAUCAAGGAUGUGAAUGAGGUUCUUCUUGUUGGGGGAAUGACUCGUGUUCCCAAAGUACAAGAAGUGGUUGCAGAAAUAUUUGGCAAAAGCCCAAGCAAAGGUGUAAAUCCUGAUGAGGCAGUUGCUAUGGGAGCUGCAAUUCAAGGUGGUAUUCUUCGUGGAGAUGUGAAGGAGUUGCUUCUUCUAGAUGUCACUCCUUUAUCGCUUGGUAUUGAGACACUCGGAGGUAUCUUCACCCGGUUGAUCACCAGGAAUACCACCAUUCCAACAAAGAAGAGUCAGGUCUUCUCAACAGCUGCAGACAACCAAACUCAAGUUGGCAUCCGUGUACUGCAAGGUGAACGUGAAAUGGCAUCUGACAACAAGCUUCUGGGUGAGUUUGAACUUGUUGGGAUUCCACCAGCCCCUAGAGGCAUGCCUCAAAUUGAAGUCACAUUUGACAUCGACGCCAAUGGUAUUGUCACCGUCUCUGCUAAGGACAAGGCCACUGGGAAGGAACAACAGAUUACGAUCCGAUCAUCUGGAGGGCUUUCCGAUGAUGAUAUUGAGAAGAUGGUUAAGGAAGCUGAGUUGCAUGCUCAGAAGGAUAAGGAAAGAAAAACUCUUAUUGAUAUUAGAAACAGUGCGGACACUACCAUCUAUAGCAUAGAGAAGAGCUUGAGUGAGUACAGAGACAAGAUUCCAAGUGAGGUUGCAACAGAGAUUGAAUCAGCAGUUGCAGAUUUGAGAAAGGCAAUGACAGGGGACGACAGUGAAGAAAUUAAGUCAAAACUUGACAAUGCAAACAAAGCUGUAUCAAAGAUUGGAGAGCACAUGUCAAAGAGUUCGGGAGGUGGUUCCUCUGAUGGUGGUUCUCAGGGCGGCGACAAGACUCCGGAGGCAGAAUACGAAGAAGUGAAAAAGGGAUAAAUCUGAUGUCAAAGAGCUCGGGAGGUGGUUCCUCUGGUGGUGGUUCUCAGGGCGGGAACCAGACUCCGGAGGCAGAAUACGAAGAAUUGAAAAAGUGUAUGCGCCCAGUGGGUUACUUUGAUGGAAGUUUCUUUUUGAGUUGGGUCAUAUGUUGCUUAAGUAUCUCUCAUUUACUUUUCGCUUUUAGCAGGGGAUAAAUCUGAUGUUCACAGGCAGUUUUGUAUUUAAAUCUUGGGUGUUUGGAUAUAUUUUAGGAAGUUCCUUGGCUGUUGAGUGCCACACAUGUGAUUCUCGAUGAGAUUUUUGUGGAACCGGUUCUGUAUUUUCUAUCAACUGUGACAUUUUGUAAUAGUUAAUAGGAGAUUGCUUUCUGAGCAACCCCAAAUAAAAGAGAAGCUCGACAA